CUGUAUGGCUUCAACUAUACUGAGCCCUUUUGUAUAUGUAAUCUGUCUUUUAAGUUUGUGGGUUUCUCUCAAAUGAGAGUUUCUGCUAUGUCUUCUCCAUCCAAGAGUGGAUCCAGUUAUGGUGAAGAUGAUACUGAGCUACGAAGGGGGCCAUGGACCCUUGAAGAAGACACUCUUCUCAUCCAUUACAUUACUCAUCAUGGUGAAGGUCGUUGGAAUCUGUUAGCCAGAUGUUCAGGAUUGAAGAAAACUGGCAAGAGUUGCAGAUUAAGAUGGUUGAAUUAUUUGAAACCAGAUGUGAAGCGUGGGAAGCUUACUCCAGAAGAGCAGCUUGUGAUUCUUGAACUCCAUUCCAAGUGGGGUAACAGAUGGUCUAAGAAUGCACAACAUCUACCAGGAAGAACUGAUAAUGAAAUCAAGAACUACUUGAGAACAAGUGUACAGAAACAAGCAAGGCAUCUUAAGAUUGAUGAGAAUAGCACAAGGUUUCGUGAUGCCAUCAGUUGCACUAGGUAG